AUGCUCUCGGGAGGUCUCACUCUCACUAACUUGACCGAUCAUCACGACUUGGUGAGAAACUUUAUGACAUGGUUGAAAGGCCUCAAGCACUUCACCCUGCGAUGGGACCCUGGAUCCAUAUCUGAAAGUAGAAGAGACUUCCGUUGGAGACUUGAGUUGGUUGGAGAUAUCCUAAAACCUCACCGAGACUCCAUCAAAUCUAUCAAACUCGGAAAGAUGGCCGAGCCUGGUCUAGGCGACUUUGACGCCUCAAACUUUCCCAAUCUCGAGACCUUGCAUAUGCACCACAAGGAUCUCAAGGGCAUUAUUAUCUCGACCUGCCCACAGCUUCAAGCAGCGAGGUUGUACGACGUGGUUAUUACCACGGAUAACAUCGAGGAAGAAAUGUUUUACAAUGCUUCAAAUUACCAUGAUUAG